AGGACCUUACGGUUUGUCUGGGUUUCAACAUGGCGGACAAACCAGAUAAAAGUAAAGCAAAAGAAAUAGCUUCACAGAAGAGACGGCGUCGAAAGGAGCUAAGACACAGGGCACAGAGCCUUAUUGAAGGAGCAACAGAUCCUUGGGAGAACACGGAAGAAUACGAAACUGUGAUUCCCGAGGAAGAAGAUGUGGAAUUCGUGGAUGAAGAGACAGCUGAGCUCGCAGAGGAUGUGAUUCAGUAUACCAAUAUGGGAAGGGAACUGCUAUGUGAGAYGAUAUUAGGUUAUCUUUGGUGGUCCUUAAUCCAUGGUAUUGCACCCAUGAUUUGGUUUUAUCCACUAAAUGAGCUGGAAAUAUCAGGAUAUGAGGCCUUUGUCGCAACUAUUUUAUCACCUAUUGUUACCGGYAUUGGUUCUGUGAUGGGGUUUUGCCAAAGUCUUCAUGGAUUAGCUGUACUUCGUUCUUUAUCAAUGAUUGGUAUUGCAUCCUUCCAAGCCCCAUCAACUCUUAUUAGACUUAUAUUGCUUGCAUUUGGGUGUGGUGCAGCAAUGCUGUGGUUCUGUGGAGUGAUUUGGAAUAAGAGCUCAAGUGAAAGAUCACUGUCAUUCUGGGGCUUAAUUCUUGGUUUCUUUCUCAUGCUGGCAUCAAGAGCAUGGUAUGUCUCCAUCAACCCUGUCUGGGCAGAUCCAACCUCCAACAGGUGUCUCCUUCUUCUCGGUAUCAUAGCUCUUCUAGACAGGGUUUAUACAGGUCAUAUAGCAAAUGCUGAGUUGGAUGGAAAGCCAGCAUUACGAAAAAACAAAGACUCCAAGAUUUCUGGUCCUGGUUGGGUUUUGGUUGCCCUCGGGUUUGGUGCUCUGAUGUUCCUGACGCAUGCAGUAUUUGGUGAAGUGUCAUUGRUGUGCCGAUGGGCUGUUUCUCCUUAUCCUGACACAGGGCCACCUCCAAAUCCAUGGGGAGCUGCAGUAGCUAUAGCCUUGGUAACUGGUGUCCUCCUGUCUCCCUUCAAAUUUACCUCGUCAAUUUUGUGGUGGAUUGUGGGAUCAUCUGGAGCUGCUGCAUUAUACUAUGCUCCUCGUUAUGGUUCACUAGCUGGUGGGCUGGUACUUGCUGUGUAUGUCAUGUCAAUUUGGCCAUCCAUGAUAGACAGACUAUUUUGUCGCCCUUCAGCCAGAACACUUACCCUAGCCAAUGUAAUAUACAUUGUUCUUACUCUUGGAUCUGUCUGGGUGGUGGCCUUUAAUUUUGUCCCUGGCGGUGAAUACACCCGAGAGAGGACAGACAUAUUAGUAGGCAUAACUAUGGUGUUCAUUGGUCUUGGCAUGUUGACCCAAACUACCCCAGAUACAAAGGAACUCUAUGGGAAGGCAAAAAAAGAAGAUGCGCCCUUGGAAGAGAAGCCAUCUCAACAGUCUGAGUCUAGAAACCCUUUCGCAUUUGAUAAUGUUGCCUUCCCCGAAGACAAUGGUGACAAGUAUCAAUUCUUUAAUACUCAUGUUAAACCAGUUUUAUGGCUUCUCUUAAUGACAAUCAUAGGAAUUAUGCUCAUAAGACAUAGAAAGCUGRAAUAUCAUACCCCAGUUAAGGAGGAUCCUCAAGUAUUUUCAGCCAUGAUAUGGACUGUACACUUUGGAUAUGACAACAGGGGUUGGCCAAGCUUUGAAAGAGGUGCCCGACUCAUCAACGACACAGGAGCUGAUAUCCUGGGUUUUCUAGAGAGUGACACUUCUAAACCAUACCUUGGUAAUCAUGACUUAGCUGGAUGGUUUGAAGAACGACUAGGAAURCAUGCAGACUUUGGACCAUCAACGAGAGAUCAUACAUGGGGAGCAACACUUUUUUCCAAGUAUCCUUUUAUCAAGUCACAGCACCAUCUUUUACCAUCACCAGAAGGUGAGCUGGCUCCAGCUMUUAGUGCCACAGUCAACAUAUCUGGCAGUCUUGUUGAUGUUAUACUUGUUCACAUGGGAAACGACAGGGAUGAUUUAGAUCGAAAGCUACAAGCACAAGAACUAGCACGAAUAGCAGAUGAAAGUCCAAACCCAGUGGUGUUCCUUGGCUAUGUAACGUCUGCACCAGGGAGCCGUGAUUACUACACUUUGUUGAAAAAAGGACGAAUGAAGGACAUAGACGAAUCAGACAGUCAAAGAUGGUGUGAGUACAUCAUGUACCGUGGUUUAACACGGCUCGGUUACGCGAGGAUCUCACACGGAGGUCUGAGUGACACGGAAGUACAGAUGGCAAAGUUUCGCAUCCCUGCUGCAGGAGAAAAGUACAAAGAUAAUCCCACCCUCGUUACGUCGUCUGUAAAAGUACCAAAGCACUUACAGUUCACGGAUAGGUUUGGUUCAUAUUUCGUUGGACAUUACACAGGAGAACACCACUAUCACAUGUCGACGCCUAAAUACUUCCUACCAUAGUAACAGUUGCCUUGGUAAUGGAGAUGUCGCCAUAGCAACGCAGAUCAUUCUGGGAAUUGACUAAAGGCAAUCACCUAAAGUGGCUGGUAUUYCUAAGUGAAGUGAUGAAGAGACAUAAAUCCGAGGUCGAAAGAAGAAAGAGUGUUUUCGAAAAACGCCAAGCUCGACUGAGGAACAACGCUGUCAUAACAGACUGAUAUCUUGGAAGAAUAUGCUUUCAAUUCCAUGGAAAAGAAAUAGGUUUUUCUUCGCGAAAACACUUAAGUCUCGUCCAGUAGUUUCUCCAUUAUUUUGUAGACAUUAUURCACGAGCAAUAUUCAUAGUUUAUAGUAUUAUAUCUGCUUGCUUUUUUCUGAUUAAAAAUUAAUAACGAAAUAAAGCUUAUUUUGAUCAA